AUGAGGAUGUGCUCAACAAGAUCGUGUUUCGCGCUCAUCGUAGCGAGCGGCUUCUCGGUCGUUUUGGGUCAGUAGUUCUCGAAACUUAUAGCUUGGCCGUCGUCCUCGGAUGUUCGGUCGCCGACGUCCGUUCAAAUUCGCCAUGCGCCAUGCCCGCGCGAAGGGGGGCGCCUAAUCGACGACGAGCCUCUGGAGCCGGUGCAAUCCCAGAUCAUCGCUCCCCAGCCACCAGGUUGUCUUGGCUCAAGAGCGAUUCAGCUGACCUUCAUCUCUGCCUUUCCCACAGCUCAAAACUCCAGUGCAGCCACGACAACAACCACGACGGCGGCGACGCAGACGCUCUUACCUGUACCAACUUAUGCCGGCGCCACACCGUAUGCGGCAGCCUCCGCUUCCGCAUUCGCCAAAUACCUCCCACCGUAUACAUACAACUUAACAGAAGAAGUGAGUGUCCCCACCUAGUCGAGCGCUGUCGGACGUCGGCUGGGCUUCGCGCCUCGCCGGCGUGACCCUCGGCGCUUGGCGCUAGCGGUGGCGCACAAGCCCUGUUAGGCCAGCUCUCGAGUUCGCCGAUUUUUACUGACCUCGCCUGCUUUUCCGUGUCUUCGGCACUCUGCAGUCCAAUGCGACCAAGACGGCGAUUUGUGCACAACAAAUACAAUUUUGUGCCACAUCGCAUUGCACCAGCAAUUCGGCUAACGUCUCUGUCAACUUGUGAGCAUUAGUCCUGCGACCGAGCAUGUAGACAGAGUAGACCGGAAUCGGAGAGCGAUUGGCCUCGGCCCUCGAUGGCUUACGAGCUCCGCUUCUCGAGAUACUGACUCUGCUUGGCGGGCUGAUGUCACAGCUGUAAUCCGAAAACUAUGGGGUGGAACUGCGAAUGUAACAACAAGGCCACCUCUCGACUCGCACCCAUCGUAGCGCCCGUCACGACCUACGGUAAGCAGCAGACAAAUUCUUCUCGGGUGGAUCGAUGCCGCGUAUUCCGCAGCCCGUCUGGUCAACUCACAUCCUUUUUCAAUCAUACAUCUCCGUAGACUGUCGAUUACGAGCGCUCUCGUGCCUUGACGCAUGCCAAAAUCGCCGGAACACGGCCGUGACGAAUGUGCAGACGUGCCAGACCGCGUGCAACUACAUCCUCACCUCGGUGUGCGGUACCAAUGCCGAGAUCGUGCCGUUCUACCAAGUCAAGAGUUAUGAUGAUACGCCAAAGUAAGUGUUCGGUCGAUGUGCGGGGAUUUGUGGCUUGCAAAAUAGCUGGACGUAUGGGACAGGAGGCGGCAAUGGGAAGAGGCUGCCUAGUAAUCACAAGAGGGUUCGGUGACAAUCAAACUGACGAUAGCUGACGAUAACGUUAUUCCUCUUCUUUGUCGGUUCCUUCAGAUACUACCCUGAGUAAGUCCCGAGUCAAUCUCGAACGUCGGAGAAGCAGUGAAGCACGGAGAAGCAGUGCUGCACAGGAUAGCUCAUCCCCCACCUUGCAACUCUUCCGCAGUACAUCCAAAGGUGGGGUCGCACUCGGAGUAACCACAUCAGCCGGGCUGCGGUCGCAUGGCCUCGUCAACCCUUUGGUCUUCAUCGGUGCCGCAGUGCUUGGCACACUCUUCAUUGUGCUGUAG